CAACGUCGACGGGUGCUAACCCUGCUCGAUUAUGGUAUGUCCACUUUUGAUGAAACAAUUCUCGCAUGGCUGCCAUUAGACGGGGAAGAUGCAAGCGAACUGAGCUCGUGGAUGAAUGAAACUCAGAGACCUGUGACGUUAAUGGAUAUGUCGAACGAUGAGCGUGGCUCAAUAAUGGAGAAAAUGAAAGAUAUAAACGGCAAAGGAGGACAAACCAAGAAAUCAGGUCUUAUGGCACGCUUCAGAGAUCAUCAGAAGAAGAAGUCAACGUAUGUUGCGCUAUUAACUUCUGUGUAG